AUGUCUCCCUCUGAAUCCCUCACAUUGGUGCAGAGGGUAUUGGUUGACGACUCAAGUAUUAUUCAGAGACAGCCGCAACGAAUUAACGAUGAUAUUCUGAUUAGAAUAUUCCUACACGUAAUGAUAGAGGAUUGGAGUCGAGUCAGGAAGGCGAAAAAGUGUGCUUAUCUCGUUCGGUGCACGCACGUAUGUCGAUAUUGGCGUACAAUAGCUCUCAAUUCCCCUGUUUUAUGGCAGUUUAUUCCAAUCUGGCUAACCUAUACAGCCAGACGAGAGGAAAGUUGGUUUGCAGAGCUCAGCGCUAGAUAUGAGCGAUCAAGAGAAUCAAAGGAGCUCUUCAUACUUAUCAGGAAAGCACCAGACGCUUGUUUCAGUUUAGGAUUUGGCAAUAUUUUCAGCACAAUAAUCCAGCCAAAUCUUCAUCGGUAUCGAGAGAUCGUCAUUCUACACGACGACGAGACGAUAUAUAGACUUUUGGAGUAUGGAAGUGCCCUUGAAGUCCUAAAGGUGCUUUCGGUCCAUGUAGUCAGAGGGAAACUUCCAAUGGCAGAGGGGAGCACUCAAUUUCGUCUUACGAGGGAUCAUUCUCCUCCCCUUCUUGAGGACUUUUCCAUCUAUAGUCGAUCCUCUCGAUUCAAAGUCGACCCUUCCUUUUUCGGAUCUAAGCUCAAGAAGCUCUGCCUUCGAGAUGAUUAUGCAACGUUGUCUGAAGCUCAUCAAAUACUUUCAGGGAUUGCAUCCACCAUCGAAGAUCUCAGAGUAGGAAUCUCGCUUCCUUCCCAGCAUCCGCCACCAUCUCUUGAUCCUCUGUACUUUCCAAAAUUGAACAGUCUUUCUGUGACAAGUUUCCCUACAUUCUUGGACGAAGGCGUUCCAAGGUUCUCUUCGUUCGAAGUGUUCGGCAACACAAGCGAUGCCCCGCUUCGCCUUCCCUCUCUCAGGAACUGUGUCGUUUCAACUACUGCAGAGUUUCCCCCUCAGAUACAGAGGGAUCUAAUUACCCAAGCGAUCAUUAAAUUCAUAAAAAGCCUGCCUACCUCGCUUCCUCUCUUACAAUUGACGUCCAUACCUCCUGGAGGAUCACCCUAUAUCUGGUCACACCUCCUGAGCGAGUUAUCAUCCACCAAUAAUGGAAAUGACUCUCGCCCCACUUUUAUUCUCCCAAAACUACUGUCCGUAGCAUUUCACGGCUGUCCUGGCCUUUUGGAUGCAGAUGUUCGUCAUCUCAUCGCGUCAAGAGAAAAAGGACACUCUAUGGACCCUCCAGCCUUAAGACACGCCAAGGACACCCAUCGUUUCUUGGUGGCAGGCGGAGGACACGCCUGUGGCGCACUUCCUAAAGCGCUGCGUCGAUGCCUCUCUCCUCAUCAAAAUUACUGGCCUGGGCACAAAAAAGGCGGAGGAGUAAGGCUUUUGAGACGCUGUCUCAAGCCAAACUCCAUCAGAUGCAGGAGGAACCGACUGUCAUACAGCCCGCGCUCAUCAACGAUGACAUUCUCAUUAAAAUUCUGCACCAUCUCGUGUUCGAUGAUCUGCAUAUGGCUCGACAUGGAAAACAACAGCUAUUUCUCCUACACUGUACUCACUCAGCAACGCCACAAGGAAGAUCAUACACAAAAGAUGCUACAGAUGCGACUUGCGAGGGCAGGUCCUUCUGCAGACCUCUUCAUUUUGAUGAGAUACACUCCCUCUACCGACAACAUCCAAAAUAGGGUCCAUGACGUCCUCAAAGCAGUUUCUCCGACGUUAGAAAGUCUCUCCCUAGCUGUCACAUAUGCAAAAGACCAAGAGGGAGCCCUACCUCCCAUCACUUUUCCCGUAUUGUCCUACAUUGCCAUCUGUGGUACCGAAAGAUAUGGCACUCCACCACGUCUUUGCUCCUCUUUUGAGGUAUUUGGCACUGUGGAAGGCGAUGCAUCACUCCAAUUUCCUUCGUUAUCGAGCUCUUCCCGGGUCGAUCCAUACAUUACAAUUCCAGACUUGGUCGAUGAAGGACCCUUCUCGAAUAUAUGGAGAACUGGGGCGGUGGAAGAACAGUGCUCUUUAGUAAAUUAUACAGAGUGUACUUUUACGAAUGUCAUGGGAUCACUGAUGAGGCGAUCCGACGAUUCAUGGCGAGCAGGUUAUCAGGCGCUCAAGCGGCCCCACCCGUAUGUGGGCGCAUAG